ACCAUGGCUAACAAAUCUCUAAAACUCACCACACUCUCUCUCCUCCUACUCCUCCUCAUCUCCGCCGUCUCCGCCGUCUCUGCCGCCGCUCCCACCAACGCUCCGCCACCGGAAUGUUCCUUCAAAUCAGUCAUUGGCUGCUACGACAAAGCCAAGUCCCUAAAACUCAAACUAAUAGCCAUAGGUGCAAUCCUGAUAACGAGCAUGAUCGGCGUAUGCCUACCGAUCUUCUCACGCGCCGUCCCGGCCCUCCAGCCGGACCGCAAUGCGUUUGUGAUUGUGAAGGCAUUCGCCUCGGGAGUCAUACUCGCCACGGGGUACAUGCACGUGAUGCCCGACUCGUUUGACUGCUUGACGUCGGAGUGCUUGCCGGAGAACCCUUGGAAGAAGUUUCCUUUUACGACGUUCGUGGCAAUGCUCUCGGCGGUGAUGACUCUCAUGGUGGACUCGUUCUCUUUGAGUUAUUAUAAGAAGCGGUGUUCGAAGGUGGCCAUCGAAGAGUCUAUGAAGAAGAGAGAGAGUGAUGGACUUGUGGUGGAGUUGGAAAAUGUUGGGCAUGGUCAUGGAAAUGUUGUUGUGGAAGGGGGUGAUGGCAGUGCAUCACAGUUGGUUCGGUAUCGGGUUGUAGCUCAGGUACUAGAACUAGGAAUUGUGGUGCACUCAGUGGUGAUUGGGCUGUCGUUGGGGGCAUCUAACAAUCCCUGCACCAUCAGACCGCUGGUCGCUGCUCUUUGCUUCCAUCAACUCUUUGAAGGAAUGGGUCUUGGGGGAUGUAUACUACAAGCUGAAUAUGGGGCCAAAGUCAAGGCAAUAAUGGCGUUCUUUUUCUCAGCCACCACUCCAUUUGGGAUUGCGCUCGGGAUUGGCUUGUCGAACGUGUACAGUGAUAACAGUCCGACAGCGCUGAUUGUGGUGGGAAUACUAGAUGCAGCAUCAGCAGGGCUGCUGAACUAUAUGGCGUUGGUGGAUCUACUAGCAUCCGAUUUCAUGGGAACGAAGCUGCAGGGAAGCAUGAAGCUUCAGGGGUGGGCUUUUGUUGCUGUUAUAUUAGGAGCUGGAGGCAUGUCCAUAAUGGCCCUGUGGGCAUAGUUAGAUCCUCAAAACAUGCCCAGGAUCAGUCUUUUUUUUUUAUUUUUUUAUUUUAGAUUUUUUUAUUAAUUAUUUUCUUUC